CUGAGGUUCUGGUUUUUAGGACAUCCUACUUCUUCGCCUGUAACUCCCGAUGAAGUGUUGGAACAUUAUUGGAUGUCGUGCCAGCGACAAUCUAUUACUCCGAAGAAGAGUGUCGUGAACCAAAUUAAGGUGACUGAGCUGCGCUCAACUAAUUCCAUUUCAGGCGAACACGUGAACUAUGCCCACAUGGAUUGCCUGGAGGAAAUAUUCCAGAGAGUGCGCUUCGACAUUAUCGACUUUUCCAAGUGCUCUAUCGACGAUGACACGCUGAUUGCUCUGUCAGACAUGAUCGAGUUCUACGAUUUGGCGGUGUGUUUGAAUCUCAGUUACAAUCAGAACAUCAGUUUGCGUGGAUGGCAAACCCUGUUUCGAAUGCUUAGAAAGACUCCGUGCGUACAAACUCUUAACUUGAAUUCUACUUCGUUGUCUGAUCGUGCGGUGCCUAUGUUAAGUAAGGUUUUGCGGGCAGAUGCGUAUCUGCAGUGUCUGUACUUAGAACACUGUUCUAUAAGUGGCAAGUCGCUUCUGUUGCUAGCCAAUGGUCUGAAAUCCAACGCAAGUAUCCGUGAACUGUACUUGUCCGAUAAUAACAUAUGUUCAACGGAUAUUACGUACAUUAGUCAAAUGCUUAGCAGCAAUUCGACCUUAGAAGUACUGGAUUUGAAAAACAAUCAGAUUCAGGAUAGUGGCCUGCCGGCGCUGUGCAAUACGCUGACAGAUACUGCCGUGCAAGGCAAGACAAAACUUCAUACGCUGAUUUUGUGGAACAAUCGAUUAACGGCCAGUGGCAUGGUUCACAUCUCGAAUUUGUUGUUUGAAAACAAAGUUCUGAGGACGUUGAACUUGGGCGCAAACGAAAUCAGGACCGAAGGGGCUAUGAUAUUAAAAGAUGCUCUCAUCCGUAACCGGACACUGUUGAAAAUCGGAUUGCAAAACACGAAAUUAAACUGCCAAGCUGCCAUUACCAUAGCGGAGUGCCUUGCAGAGAAUCCGGUUUUGAUCCGGGUGGACUUACGGGACAAUCCUGGCAUUAAAUCCGCCGGUCUGUUAGCGCUGCACGUGGCUCUAAAGAUUAACACCACUGUGCUUUCCGUCAACCUGGACAAGACCUGUUGCGAAAUGUCGUCGAUGUCUCGAGGCAAGCAGUUUGCCGACCACCUGAAAAAGACGUACCGAGAGUUCGAGGCAUUCGUCUACCGAAACAAUAAGUUGAUAUUAGAUCGAAUGAGGAGCGAAAAACUGGCUGUUGUGCUUUCCUCGCCGCCGCUCGUCGAAAUCCCUGUCACCGACGAGGUCCAUAUGAGGGUGUGCGAUAACGGAGUGGUGGCCUCUCAGCCGGACACCGGCGAAAUGCCAGUAGUUGAAACGACCAUGCCUGCGGCGUCACGGAAAGCCGAGGCAUCUUUCCUUCAACGCAGCAGUUCAGUCAGCGCCGGGUCGUCCGCCGUUGUUUCGAAGCCUGUGGAUACGUCGUCACGGGCUUUUAGCACCGCCUGCAGAUCAAGUUGGGUCAGUGCUCAGCACCAGCAGAGUCGAGAUGGAGAACUAGAAGCGGCAGUGAAACAGGUUGUGAAAGACUUGGUUAACUUCUGUACAUACGAUGUCGAUGGCGUCGCUUUCUUGCGUUCGACCUCCGUCGAUAAACUUGUGCCGACUGCUGGCCGAAAUUCAGUUGACGGCGAAAUCCGGGAUUUGAUUGAGGAUCUCGUUCGCUUCUGUGAAUUCGAAACGCGUCAGCUCUCUCAUGAUGAGGUUAUUAAUCCGCAGCAAAAAUCAAAGAAUUUUUCUAGCCUUGUGACUCCUGUUGUAGAUGACGAAAACGUCAAAGGAGUUCAUCAGGUCGCACAGGAACUUAUUAAUGGCAUUUUGAAACGUGUCGCCUUCCGUUUGGAUAAAGUGAGAAAUAAUUCAUCUGUGGUGUAUUACUUGUGA